CCGUUUGUUUUGUUGAUGGACGCUUGUCUGAUUGUACAAUUUUCUAUUUCUACUUGUAAUUAAUGUAAUAAAAAACAAAAAACGUUCGGAACUUGUUUAGUUACACUAUAAAUUUACAACAAUGUCUGAUAAAACCAGUUUCGAUGUACUUCGAGUUAAAUACAAGGAUGUUCUCUCAAAAGCUUUCUUGAACAAUAACAUGGAUUUGCUGGACUCGUUUUCUAAGAAUGCAAACGAAACUGACCGCAAAGCUGCGAUGGACCAAGCGUUCAGAGAUAAACUUCUGGAGCUCCUUGUCGAAGAACCUGAGACUUUGGAGAACUACGUCUGCUUUUGCAUAGAGUCGUGUAGACGACAAAUGGUCACCCCCACUAUGCCAGUAGUGCUACUCGGCGAUAUUUUUGACUCGCUAACCCUAAAUAAAUGCGAGAAAAUGUUCACAUAUGUCGAAAAUGGUGUCAAUAUCUGGCGAGAAGAACUAUUCUUUGUCGCUUGUAAGAAUAAUUUGCUCAGAAUGUGCAACGAUUUGUUGAGAAGGUUGUCAAGAUCACAAAACACUGUAUUCUGUGGGCGAAUUUUGUUAUUCCUCGCAAAGUUCUUUCCAUUUUCUGAACGAUCGGGGUUGAAUAUUGUUUCUGAAUUCAAUCUUGAAAAUGUGACAGAAUUCGGAGGUGACAGUUCAAGUACACUGAAAGAUGCUUUGGAUGAAGAAAUGGUUAUUGAUGAAGACAAAACCAAACACACAAUAGAUUACAAUUUGUACUGCAGAUUUUGGAGCUUGCAAGACUUUUUCAGGAACCCAAAUACAUGUUACAAUAAGAUUCAGUGGAAAACAUUUGUUGCGCACUCUGGCAGUGUCCUAUCAGCCUUCUCAUCUUACAAGCUAGAAGCUGUUGAAAUACAGAAGUCUAAGUUAAACAGACUAAAAACAUACAACACAGAUGUGGAUAUGCAGGAGAGCAAGGAACAACACUACUUCGCCAAGUUCCUUACAAACCAGAAGCUUCUUGAGCUACAGCUGUCAGACUCUAACUUCAGAAGAUGUGUUCUCAUACAGUUUUUGAUACUGUUUCAAUAUUUGACAUCCUCUGUGAAGUUUAAAAUGGAAUCCCAAGAACUAAAAUCAGACCAACAAGAGUGGGUGAAGGAGACGUCAUCAUUAGUGUACAAGCUGCUAGGAGAAACUCCGCCGGAAGGGAAAACUUUUGCUGAAUGUGUCAAAAGCAUACUCAAAAGAGAGGAACAUUGGAACAGUUGGAAGAAUGAUGGAUGCCCAGAGUUCCAAAAACCCAAGCCACCAGUUCAAACUGAGAGCACUGAAGAAGUAAGAAAAACCAAGAAGAGAAGGCGGCCUGUUGGUGAUAUCAUCAGGGAAUAUGAAUCACAAGACAAAUUCUUUAUGGGAAACAAUGAGCUCACAAAGUUGUGGAAUCUCUCCCCUGACAAUCUAGCAGCGUGCCGGACUAAUGAAAGGGACUUUAUGCCUUCAUUAGAGUCGUACAUGCUGAGCGGGCAGGGUGCGGGCGCGGGCGACGGCUCCAGCGGCUGGGCGUGGCGAGCUCUGCGGUUGCUAGCGCGCCGCUCGCCGCAUUUCUUCGUGCACACAAACAACCCCAUCGGUCGUCUGCCCGACUACCUCGACGACAUGGUCAAGCGAAUAUCCCGAGAAGUAGCCGCCAACGCUGCGUCGAAUAAUUCAAACUGCGACAAGGAUGUCAAACAGGAAAUGGUCGAUGAAGAAAUGGGCGAGGAACAAAUAGAAACGGACAUCAUUAAAGAGGAGGACACUGCAGAUAUAGAAACUGCAGAUUCAGCGAUGACAGGUGAAGACGAGGAGAAGACAACGCGCUCUAGACUGACAAUGAUCACACCAGCACAGCUCGAGGCCGUAGCCGCAAAGCUACCCGACUGGAAGAAGCUAGCCGCUAAGCUACUCUUCAAGCCCGACGAGAUUGAAUUCUUUGAAACUGAAAAUGCCACAGAUGCUAGCAGAGCGAAGAACAUGCUUCAGAUUUGGUUCGACGAUGAGGACGCUUCAGUGGAAAGUCUGAAGUAUGUAUUGGAGGGGUUGAGUAUGACGGAGGCGUGCGAUGCGCUGAAGAACACCUUGUGACGACCGCUCAAACGGUGUUGCAGAAUGAAACGCAAGCUUUCGCAAUCGAUUGUCAAGAAACUGUCUUAGGUUAAUUUUGUGUAAAAUUUUGAAAAUAAUAUUGUACAAUUGUAAGAAAUUAUUGAUUUGCUAAAGAAAAAUAAAGCAGAGGGUCCAUUUCAGGUCCACUCUUGCACUCCGUAUCAUUAAAAUUUAUAAAAUACAUGGAUUUUAUUAAAAUCUAAAUAAGUGAAUAAAUCUAACUAAAUAAAAUUAAAACCCCAGAUUUUAAGGUAUAUCAAGAUGGCGCCCCUAAAGCGACUAUGACAUGACAAUUGACAGCAAACGUCAAACCGCCUACUGCGUUGAAAACUUCAUCAAUCUGCCAUUAUUACCCUUAGUGUUCCAUUUUUUGGGAGAGAGGAUAUUGUUUCGAAAAAAAUAAAGUAAGUUUAUAAAUACAUAGAGAUCUUGGCAAGCUAUUUUAGGGUUUGUUUAUACUACAUGUUGGGAAAAACUGCAAUUCAUAUGUCCAAAUAUGAAAAAGCGUCUAAGAUAUGUCCAAUUGACACAGUUCUUGGGGCCGAAAAAUGGCACUGACUUUAGCAGAGCGAAGAACAUGCUUCAGAUUUGGUUCGACGAUGAAGACGCUUCAGUGGAAAGUCUGAAGUAUGUAUUGGAGGGGUUGAGUAUGACGGAGGCGUGCGAUGCGCUGAAGAACACCAUGUGACGGCCGCUAAAACGGUGUUGCAGAAUGAACGGAAGCUGUCGCAAUCGAUUGUUAAGAAACUGUCAUAAUUAAGUUACUUUUAUGUAAGAUUUAUAGGUACUUAUCGAUAAAUAAAUUUAUACUGAAAUUACUAAA